AUGCAGGUUCCUAUUGGAGGCCAGCCCCAUGAUAUUGAACGGCAAAUCAGAGACAUGGUGAUAAAAUACAUCCGCAGCCCCAAGGCGAUCAUCCUAGCAGUAACCGCUGCAAAUACGGAUUUGGCAAACUCAGAUGGCUUGAAACUGGCGCGGGAGGUCGACCCGGAAGGCACGCGAACUAUCGGCGUCCUCACAAAGGUUGACCUUAUGGAUCCCGGGACGGAUGUCGUUGAUAUUCUUGCUGGGCGAGUAAUCCCACUGCAAAUGGGACAAAAGGACAUUGAUGGGAAAAAAACGAUCAUCUCUGCCUUGGAUAAUGAGAGAAGAUUUUUUGAAAGCCACCCUGCAUAUCAGGCUAAAAGCGCAUACUGUGGAACGCCCUUUUUGGCGAAGAAGCUCAAUUUAGUGCUAAUUAAUCACAUUCGCAACACCCUUCCAGACAUCAAGAGAGGGCUUUCAUCGUCCAUUUUGAAGUUUGAAACGGAGCUCUCGUCACUUGGCGACGGCUCUGAAUUGGGUCAGGCGACCAUUCUUUCUGUGAUAACCGAGUUUUGCGAUGAGUACCGCUCAAUGUUGGAUGGCUCCUCCUCAGACGCCAUCUCCACCGAGCUGGUCGGCGGUGCCAGGAUUGGCUUUAUUUUUCACGAGAUUUUUGCAAAUGCUAUUCGCUCGAUGGAUCCAUUCGAUCAGAUCAAAGAUCAAGACAUUCGAACGCUGCUUUACAAUUCCACUGGGUCCUCGCCCUCUCUCUUUGUGCCAUUUAACGGAUUUGGAUCGCUUAUUAAAGGAUUGAUCAAGCGAUUAGAUGACCCUGCAUCAAGAUGCAUUGCACUUGUAUAUGAAGAGCUCUCAAAGAUACUUUUGCAGUUGCUCCAGAAGCCGAUUUUUAAGAGAUUUCCAAACUUGAGGGAAAAAUUCCACAACUCCGUCAUGUCGGGCCUAAAAAAGUGUGCAGAUCCGACAACAAAGUUUGUGGGCGGCUUGAUCCUUGCAGAGUCCUCGUAUAUUAAUACAGUACAUCCAGACUUUCUCAGUGGCCACAAGGUAUGA